GUCGGUCCACUCGAGGUGUAUACCAAAGACGCAGGUUACACGUAUCCCACUGUCGGUUGUUUUGUUACUUGACACCCCGUCUCUCGUGCUUGAGCUGCAUGCACACAUACAUCCUACGAAUACGCUACGAUCUGCAGAGACAAGAGCACGGUCAACAGUCUCGUACUGGUAAGUUCGUCGGCGAGUCUUCGCGAGUUUGCACCCAUCGUUCAACAUCGGCGUUAGGCAUGGUGUUUGCUUUACGUCAGCCGAUUUAACUCGUCAUUUUACACGAGUGAAAUGAAUAUUUAUCCGAAGAUAAAAUUGCCAUAGUUUAUUUCACGACGUAGUGAUUCAUCCCUAAGUAUAUUAUUUCAAGAACAAUGCAGACCUCAAAUAAUUCAUCGCAUUUUUACCAAUCGCUGCCCGUUCAUUCGAACAUUCGAUUGGCGAUUUUUGCGGAUGAUCCAUAAUUUUUGAGUAUGGAGAACAUUGUGCGUAGUAAUUUGUUGCCUUGGAAAAAAUGCAAUUUCAACUAUCUGAAGGCAAUAGGAUGGAAAGAAAUUAAACGAGAGCCGUCAUUAGAAUACGAAAGCAGUAAACAAAGAAGAAGAAAUUGAGAAGCAUUUGUUAUUGUCGGUUUUACUUGUUUGUUUUAAUUUCAACUCUGUGGGAAGAACUAUUGGGUCCAAUAAUGAAUACCUCAGCGGUAAAUGACAAAGCUAAGAAAACUUUUUCUCCAAAGCAUAUUUUAUUAACCUUAAAAAAAAAUCCUGGACAUUCCCACAUGAGCGCAGUUAUUAGUCCUAUUGAUAAAAAUCGAGAUGCAAAAGUAUCUGGUAGAAAAUUACUCAAAAUGAAAAAGAACAUUUGUGAGCCAGUUAGCGAAGGUGUUCGUAGUAUUGUACUCAAGGAUGUGGGUAAUUUGGAUGAGUCAAACAUAGCCGACUUAUCCUUACCGAAAAUAACUCAAAUUUCUAGAAGUAACAAAAGAUUGCCAAGUAUAGAGCGCAGUUUUGCACUUGACAAGGGUCUGUUUACCGAAUCACAAUUCCUCCACAAAUGUACGAACAUGUUACACGAGCAGCAAAGAUUAGACAUUUUUUUCAAUAAAUCAGUCAAGAUGAAUACGAACGACUCGAAGUGUAGGACUCUACAAUUAACUCUGAACAAACAUAGUAGAUUCAUUCCUAAUAUUUUGAAAAGUACAAAAAUUAUUGACGGCACUUUCAGCAGUAUUACUGACCCAACUGAGUCUGAUAAUGCGAGCGUUAUGAAAUGUAAUGAAGCUAGUGAACAUAGUGAAGAUCAAGUAAUGAAAAAAAGAAAGAGGAAGCAGGUCCUGAGGCCGUUAAAUUUGAAACGUCACCAAUCAAAGAUAAACCAAACGUUUGCAAAAAAAAAAAAAAUUAAUCUAUCUUUGCCAAAAUUCCGUGAUAAUCGGAAUUUAACUGAAGAUAGUAACUCAACAGCUUCUGAUGUAAAUCCAAAAAACAUAUCAGAGCAGGAUGUGGAGAGCGAAUUUUCCAAACCAAAAAAAGGCUAUUUAGCAAUUACAGAAGAACUAAUGCCGGACUCUAUCUACUGCGACGAGCUACAUACAGCUAAUCUGGAAGUACUAUGUAAGACUGGGAAUUUGUCUAAUGACAGUGAUGGUGCAAGUACCCGUAUUGAUCAAUCGGUUGAGAAAAUAUUUGAAGAGUUCAAAGAACCAGAUUAUAAAAAUUACAUUGCUUCCGAAGAUCUUCAUUUCGAUAUUGAUGAAAUGGAUAAAUUACUGAGUUCUGACGUAAAUAGUCUGCUAUUAGAAUCGUCAGCCAUUGUACAACCAAGUACAAAUAUAAUAAAAUACGAUGUAAACGGUAAUGAUAUUGUUAGGCACUGCAGAGAAUUUGAAAAUAGAUAUAAUAAAUCAACGCAGGAGCUGGACAGCAGUCGUAAAAUUACACACUGUUAUAACAAUGAGCUUGAGAUGCCAAUUAAUACAUUUACAAAAAUUAUACACUCUGAUAACUUGGAUGAUAGUUAUUCUAACACUUUCGAUUGUGAUUGGGAUUUUGAAUUUGAUGAUGAUUUUCAAGAAUUUCAACAAGGUCUUGAAAAGCCAACAUUUUCGACAUACAUUGAUUCUGAGCCUGAAAUUGGUGAAGUCAAUUAUACCAAGACUUCGAAUGCUGCUUUACCAAUAACUGAUGAGCUCAAUAGCUCUGCAAUUUCCCUGGUUGUUAGUAACAAGGUUCCUGAUAACGUUUUCAGUGACGAAUUUAAUGAACAGUCUUUAGACAGCCUGCAAUCUAAUGACGACAGAAUGAAACAGCUAUUGGAUUCCAAUUCUAAUGCUGAAAAGUGCCACCUAAAUGCUAAUUAUAGCAGUGACAAUAAUAAUUGCGUUUCGCUCGAUUUCGAUACAAAUUGUGAACUCUUCAAAAGUGGGAAUUGCUCGGCAGACAAGAAACUGAACACUGAUUUACUGGAGGAACAAACCCACAAAGAUUUUAAUGCAUUGCUUGAUUUUAAGGGCCAAUUUCUUAGUGAUGAAGAGUGUGACAUGAAUGGAUUGGAAAUUGAAAACGGUAACAUUGAAGAUUCACCACCUAUGCAACUAGGCGAUGCGUUUCUCAAUUCUUUACAGUCCGUCUCGGAUGUUCCACUACAGUCUUGUACAUUUAGUGAUCUUCACAAUGAUCUAAGUUUGGAUCUUGAAAGAGAGUUUCAUGCAAACAGUAUUUUAAUAUCUAACUACCAUAAUUCUUGGAUCAAUGAUACUGAGUUUGAGAAACCUGUUCAAAUAAAAGCAACAAAUACUAAAACAGCUGGUUACAAUGUCAAGUCUACAUGUGUAAAUGCAAUAGAAAAUGAAGACUCUAUGUUACAAAAUGUGGUUCAAAGUGAAAUGCUUACAUCUUGCCUAGAUACCGGACAUCUGAAUUAUACUGAUUCUCUAUUACUAAAUAUACUGUCAAGAAGAAGAAGCGAGCAUCCAUCAACCUGCGAUGCCAAAGUCAUUGAUACUGAUACUAUGCAAUCGUGUAGUCGAUGCUCACCACUAUGGAUGAUUAGGAAAAGAAAUCUAAAAAAAUUGAGUACAUCGAAUUUGGAAAGCUUAGCACAUGGUCCACACAAUUGCAUGGAUUUGUUGCCAUUGAUAUCACAUAGAAGCAUUUCAGAAAUGUCUUAUAAAAAUGCACAGCCUUUUAAAAGUGGGAAAAAUUCUGAUGACAUCCAUCGAUUGCCACUGAAGAACCAUUCAGACGUUAGCAGCUUCCAUUCCACAAAAAGGUUCUACAGCAAAAUUUCUGGCUAUCAAACCGGCAAAAACGCAUCACACUUCAACUUCACUAAGGAAUUAAAUGUAACCUAUCGACACUUCAUACCCAGUUCAAAUGAGUCCCUUAAUCACCAGGAUCUACUUGAAGGCCAAUCAAUUUCAUGUAAAGUAUCUUCUUUAGAGAAGCUUAGAUCUACACACGAGCUUGUGACAAAUUUGGAAAAGCCAAGUCAAGUGGGAAAGAUUAGGUAUCGUUAUAGUUAUAGCAGGAGCUGGUUUUUGCAAUACUUACGAGCUGCGCGGAAUAAUUCUAAAAGGAAAAGUAAUAAGCAAAUACAUGACACUGCACGAAUGCCUUGCCCCUACUGCGAUAAAACAUACAAAUCAGAUGUGACCUUGGAUAACCAUGUGAAAGAUAUUCAUCGUUAUCGGCCUUCCCAGUUCAUUUACAAAAACAAAAAAUACGUUUGUGACAAGUGCUCAAAGGAAUAUGUUAUGUCUGCAGCCAUUGCGAAACAUUUCAAAUUGCAUGAAGAUUAUAGUUUGACCUGCAGGCAAUGCAAAGAACAUUUCUCUGAGAAAAAAUUUCUGAUGCGCCACAUAAACGACUACCAUUUGAUUCAAGAAUUCCACUGCAGCUCUUGUAACCGAAAAUUUACUAGGAAAAAAGAGUACACACGACACUUGAAUGAAUGCGAAGGUUGUGAAGAUUCUUCUUCUUAAACGUUCACGGCUAACACCUCACACGCAACCGUAAAGGUUAGUGUUGGAUCCCAAUAAUCGUUAACGUGGGUUUACAACUGUACUUUAAUUGUCCUCUGUGUUUCUUACGUACGUCAGAUUCCACUGCAUAAAUUAGUACCUUUUAAGAUGAGAUUAAGUAUCGUUCUGUCAUAAGUACCUUUCAACUUUCAAUGUGAUAAUGAAACCCAAAGAGCAAAGGUGUAACCUAAAGUACAAAUCGAGCACAAGAAAAAGUUUUGCUUAAUGUACAAAUAACAGAAACAUGCAAGCAUGUUUCUCAUAUCUUACAGAAAAUCAUUUUUUUCGUUCUUCAGAUGAAUAAUUUUUCAUUCGAUAUCUCAGAUAGGUUUUAUAAGUUGUGUUAAUGCCUAGUAUUAAAACCCAAGAUUCAAUGCUCAAAUAUAUUAAUACGAAAUUUUUCGUUAUUAAGACACUUAAUUGGUAUGAAACGUUUGUUAGACUUGAUAAAAUUACAGUUUAUUGAAAAAAUGUUCACGUAUAAUCACAGUGUAUUACCAGAACUUGUCGACGAAAAAUGUUGAGAGCGUUAGAUACUUUGAGGUAGUCAAAGUGAGUAUCAAAUUGACAGUUUUGGGUUUUUUUUUUACAAGUUCUGGAAAGUUCUGAUGGUUUAUGAGUGAGUAAAUACCAUCUGAAAAAAGGCUGAAAUUUCGGUUACUAAUCUUUUCUAGUGUUUAAUAAAUAAUAAACAUUCCUUUUUAAGCAAAAGAAUAUCAGUCACCGACUGUAUAUGAUUAAAAAAUCCCUGGAGGAUUCCAACAGUUUUCAUUACUGAAUAAGUAUAUUGUUUGUAAAAAAUUAACAUUAGUUGGGAGAUUCUCAUAUUAAGUACUGUUAAAGAAAUAGAAAUUUAUAUUGUUAUAUCUGGAGCAUUUUUUUUUAUUUCAAAAUUCUCAAUCUUAUAAUAUAGUAAUCGUACUGACUUCUGUAGGAAUCUAAUUUUCUGAUUUUCUUUUUGGGACUUUCCAAAGUAUUUGAAAAGUUCGAUUGAAACUAAGACACAGUUAGCUUACAAACGAAGAAGAUAUGGUAAGGAAAUGAAGAUAUUUUCUUUUCAAAAUUAUUGCUGUCACAAACGCGACUAAAUUUAAAGUGAAACCAUAUUUCCAAUCUCGAAGAGAAGUAGAGAUCGACGAAAAAGUACUUUAAAGCUCGGCAAGAUGUCUUGAAGUAACGCACGCUACCGGUUACGUAUUCUACAUGUGGUUAGUUAUCACAGAAGCUAAUAACCAUAUCGUAAAAAAGUAGCUUUAACUGUGAUAUGGAAUACUCCAUACAAAAAAAAAAAAUGAUAAUAAUAAUAAUAAUUUGGAAAAAACGGCCACCCACAGAACAAAUUAAGUGCAUUUAUUGUUUAUUAAUAUAAAUUCUAUCAUAUUAUAUGUAGCCAAUAUAAUAACACUUCAUUACAAAAUAUCUAAAUUUGGUAAUCAUUUAACGCUGAUUUCUUAGUCAAUAUUCUUUAUGCAUAAAAUUUGUAAUAUUGCUUUGCACCUAAUUUAAAUCAGUCGAGUGUUUAAUUUUUAAGUCAUAAUCUUAAAAUAUAUUAGGAUAUGUCAGGAUGCUAAUGCAUUUUGAAUUCUUUUUAACUGCUACUUGAAGUUCUGGUAAAUACAGACAAUAUACCUGUUUCUUUCUGUUUUUCUUUUUAUCAAUAGCAAUAACGCAUUUUUUAAGUAAUAAUACUUAUCUAUUGGUUAUAUCAUUUUGUUCGUUAAGUUCAACGAUUUUGAAUGUAGUAUAAUAUACUUCUAUGAAUACCACCAAUACUUCAUAUUUUAACAUUUGGAUUUCAUUUUAAUACUUUUAUUAAUCAACAUUUCUUGACCCUGAAGUUUGUUUUCAAUUUACUUGAUUUUUAUACGUAUAAGUAUUAUCUCUACCUUUAAGACCGUAUGCAUAUAGUUAAACGUUUUAUAUGUUAUAUAUAGGCAUUGGGGUGGUUCUUAUUUGAGGAUCGGAAAAAUUUUCAUUGGGACGCUUCCCAGAUCUAUACCAAAUCAUAAAAAAAUCCAGAUCAUUAGAAUAAAACCUGAGUAAAGUUUGAAACCCGUACGUCAACUGGAACACGUGCCGCUAAGCUCUGUGAGUAUUAAAUGUAAAAUACAUGUAGUGUUUAUAACCAGUUGUUUCGUUUUGUAUGACGUAUGAAUUGAGGGACCGAUUCGAAACUUGGCAGAGUUAUUGUUUAUAAUAGUAGAAACAAACCCUGAAAAUUUCAAAAUUUUAUAAUUAUUGUUCCCUUAUCUAUAAGCCUAAUAAAGGUGAUACCAUUAAGCUUUUAUAUAAAAAGAGAUAUAUUAUAAAAUGAUGAUAAAAUUUUGAAUUUCUCACGGUUUUGUUUCUAUUAUAAGCAGCAACUCUGCCAAGUUUCAAAUCGGUCUCUCAAUUUAUACCAGUCAUACAAAACGAAAUAACUGGUUAUAAAAACUACAUGUAUUUACUUUUAAAAUUUUCAGACGUCAUCGGCACGUCUUUCAGUUGACGUACGGGCUUGAAACUUUACUCAGAUUUUUUCCAAUGAUCUGGAAUAGAUCUGGGGGAUGUCCCAAUGAAAAAUUUUUCCGACUCCCAAAUAGGGACCAAUCUAACAGGCAUAUAUAAUGUUUAUCACCCUCGUCAUUAAUGAUGACAGACAUUAUUUUCGUUUUAUUUUUAUAAAUCGUAUAGCUGUGUGUAAUUGAUACAUCAGACUAUUAGGCUAAUAAAAAAAUAUUCAUGUUAAACUUCAACACAAUUCAGGGCAUUCAAAGCAAACAUAUUAUUAUCUUACUUAUUCUUGAGUGUCUACUUAGCGUUUAAUGCAAUAAAUUCGUAUAUUUAGAACGUGUAUUGGUUGAACUAUUAUAUUUUUGGUAGGAUCAUGAAUUUGCGUACUGAACACUGUAUCUUCCAUAGUAGACUGUAUUAUACAGUGCCAGGUAAAUGUACUUCUGUCGAUAUUCUUGGAAUUAAUGUUUCUCAUUUUUAUGGAUCUUUUUGUAUUUUUGAAUAAUAAUCGUCAAGAUAGAUAGCAAAAUAAACAGACAGCGUUCAAUUUAGUUUUAUUGUUGUUAUUUUCGAACGUUUUAUUCAUUGCCACAAUACUUAUAUGCAUAGACAUCAAGGUUCGCCAUCAAGUAACCGUAGAUUGGUUUUCGCAAGCUGUACAAAUGAUCAAUGUCCAUCUGA